AUGGUGCUCCACAAGUCAAAAUGGGACCGCAAAGCGAAGAACAAGUACAUGAAAAAGCAUGGAAUUGUACAGCAAGAAGCACCCAAGCCAGUGAAAACGAAAUGGUCAGCCAAAAAGCUGUCUAGUACUCCGAGAGUGCUUCACUUUGAUGAAGAAGAUAGUGAUUGGGACUCUGAAGACGAGGCGCUUUUGGACCACUUUUACCCGCAAUUGGGCGAAACAGAGCUCUCUGUGGAAUCAAAGUUGGCCAUUAAACGCCAGAUUGUGUAUGCGCUCAUGCAGCACCAGAAUCAGGAGGAGCCAGAACCCGAGAAGAAAGAAUUCAACGAAGAAGAUGGUAUAUACCUUGGCACAAGACAUGAGAAGGCAGAAGAGAUUCCCGAAGAGGGAGAGCUAGAGAUUGACGAGGAAGCUGCGAAGUAUCUUAUGCCCAAGGACCAGCUAGAAUCAAAGAUAGUCGAGUACCUAUCUUCGGAAAUCAAGCCACAGAAGAGCCGCAAACUACUUAAGAGCAAAAUAUCUGAUAACCUUUUGGACGAAUACGGCAUUGAAAGUUACACAAGUACGGUCAAAAGUUCGGACUACUCCAAAGGAGACGAGGAUCAAGUAUGGAAGGACUUGGACAAGCUCACAGCAGAAGACCUACAUAACUUUAAGAUUGGUGGCAAGCUAGACAGGCCCAGCAAGGGUACCAUGAGAGAGCUCACCGAGGAGGAGAAAGAACAGCAUCUGAAUCGUGCUGAGAAGCUUGAAAGUGCUAAGCUCCAUGAGCAAAUCAAGAAGAAGUUUGGAACUUCAAAUUCACAGACUCGUAAGAUCCUUGAGAUCAACAACAUUAACGAGAACGACGAUCGUGCCAUGGAAGUGUUGAGCAAGAGAAUAGCUCAGACUGGUCCUGAUGACGCCAACACGCUUGAAGAUGAUCUAGAAACGCUUCUUGGGGUCACCACAAAUAAGCCUCAGCACGAGCCAGUGGGUGAGCAGGAUUUGGAUGAGCUACUCGAGCUGCUUGAUCUGGUGAAUCUAGAAAAGGAGGCUCCAAAAGCGAAGGGGCACAUUUCAAAGGAGGACGAGAGCUUUCUCGAUGAACUACUCGGUUGA